ACGCCGUCACAUGCAACGGAACGGCGUCAAAGUAAACGGCGCCGCUCCCUUUUCUUUUCCUUCUCAUUUAUCUUUCUCUUCUUUCCCUCCUCUCCGCACUCUCUCUCUCUCUCUCCACUUUCUCUCUCUACAAAUUCCUUUACAACAACUGAAGUAAAGAACCUCUCUCUCUCUCUCUCUAUCUCUUUCUCUUCCCCUUUGCUUUCUUCAAAGGUACGCUUCGCUUCCAUCAUGGAGAGAGUGGUGUUCACUGGUGCAUGGGUGCUUCUCACGGUUGUGUUAAUAUAAGAAGCUAAAUACUGUUGACUAUUUCAGAAUGGGUGCUGUGUGUUGUGUUGCAACCCGAGAUAAAACUAUUCAAAGUGGACCAACCAGUGAAAACUGGCAUCGGAAUGUUCGGUGUUCACCAACAUGGAGCUUGCGGUGGGAUCAUCGAGGCCGUGUAGCCGGUGAAGAUACUAGUAUAAAUUGGUUUUCUGAUGGUGUUAGCAGCAACGACAGAUUGGAGAAUAAAAAUGAAUCUCAUGUAUCCGAGGAUGGAAGCCCGUUGCAGAGUUAUCAAAGGAAUAGAUGGCAAAAGUCCCCAAUCUCUGAAGGAAAUGCUAGACACAUAAAAUCAUUUUCUGAUCAAUCUAUUUCAAGGAAUGUUUCCAUGGAUGGGAGAAUGGAACAGGUAAAGGAGUCGCCAGAACCAUCUGCAGUAUCAUGUCCAUUUCCUACAAAAACUUCACCUACAUUAUCUUCUACUUCGUUGUCAAUAUCUCCUCUGUCAUCCCAAAGUCGUCUACCUCCAUCUAGCUCAACACCGUUAAGGCGGCCCUCCGAUUCCGCAGGACACCAGUUAUCACGACAGGUUUCUGAUAGCCGAAUCAUGGGAUUUAAGUCACCUAGCAACUUCUAUGUAUCUGAAGAAAGGCCAAUGUUUCCUUCAUGGAACAGUGCAUACGGUAUGCACUCUGGUGGUGGAUCCUCAGAUUAUUGCUCUAGGCCUGGCUUUACUGAGCCGAUGGGAAAUUCUCACAUGGAAAGAUGGUCAUUUGAUAGUGAGUCAUUUGGUUUUAAUUGUGAAAGGUCAGUUAGGUUCAGUAAUCGGUUUUCAACUUCUCCUGUUGAUUUGCAAACAUGUGGUGUUUGCUCAAAGCUUUUAACUGAAAAGUCUUCUUGGAGCACUCAAAAGUUUAUUGCAAAUAAUGACCUUUCUGUAGUUUCUGUUCUUAUUUGUGGACACGCCUAUCAUGCUGAAUGUUUGGAGAGUAUGACAUCUGAAAUCGAUAAGUAUGAUCCAGCUUGCCCAGUUUGCACUUUUGGCAAGAAACAAACUCGUAAAAUGUCUGAAAAAGCUUUGAAAGCUGAAAUGGAUUCAAAAGCUAGAAAUAAGAAAUCAAGGAACCAAAUUGUAGAUAAUGAUAUUGAUGAUGACGAUGAUGAUGAUUCAGUUGUAUUUGAUCAGUUUAAAGACAAAAGACGGCAAAGUAAAGGUCCUAGAGUGGACUCUAAUUCUAGCAGGAGAAGUUCUUCUGGGAAACCUUUUCUGAGCAAACACUUCUCAUUUGGAUCAAAGGGUUCCAAAUGCAUACUAGAUAAUCACCCAACCCGAAAGAAGGGCUUUUUUUGGGCAAAAAGUAGCAAAGAAUAAGCUGCUUUUUGGUUGUUCAGAAGUUCCAUUGUUGAUCUUCUCUACAACCUCAUAAAAUGACUUAUGAAAGGGCAAGAUGUAAUUCAUCAAGCUUUGAUUUUUUAGCAUCUCCAUACAAAGGCGUGAGUUCAAAAGGAUUAGAAACUGGAAUUACUCUGUAAAGAAGAAAACUGGAAAACAUACAGAAGGAUAAGAUAAAUAUAUGAAGACAAAGAUAGUGUUUAGAGACCAACAAGGUUCUUUAUAUAUUUUGUACAGAUCGAUAUGUUUAUUGCAUGGAUAUAAUUCAUGUAUCCAAAUGAUGUUCUGUUAUCCAUUGUUCUACUGAUGUAUGUAAUUCAGCAUACAUGCCAUUAGGUUGUAUCUGGUGUUGGGCAACAACAACUAGUUUGUUUUAGUUAGUUGCAUUUAGUGAAAUAGUAACAUUUUCAGAAGAAACUUCUAUCUGAUCAAUGCUUUAUUGGUUUAUGAGGAUUUGUGGUUUUGGUUACAGAUUGCAUUAUCUGCUUUAUUUAAUGGAUUUGUUUCUUGA